AUGUCACGCGCCUCGGCGGGCUUCGCAGACUUCUUCCCAACCGCUCCCUCAGUCCUCCAGAAGAAGCGCUCCUCCAAAGCCGCCCAGGAUCGACCAAAAGGCAAGCCUAAACACGAUGAUGAUGCCCAGCCUUCCAAUCCGGCACUCGCAGCCUCCACCGCCGGUCGUCCUGCUGCCCCUGGUGCGGAGGCUACCAGGGCCUCAGGCAACAAUGCCCGAGGCGAUACCAACAACUACAGCAAUAAUCACAGCGACACCAAUAGCAAUAGCAAUAUUACACCUGAUGAAUCCACUGCCGUGGUUGUUGCUCGCGAGGAUGUAAAUGUGACUCCCGGCGAUGCUAACGGUGUCGGCUCGUCCAGCUCCACCAGCACGGGCUCUUCUAUCUUCAGCACCUCCAAUUUGCCCCAGUCUGGCCUAACGCCUUCUAACGGGAUAAUACAUCCUCAUGCCCUCACCCCUCUAACCAAUGCAAAUUCGUCUCCCUCGGGCAAAAUUGGCAGUCCGUCGGGCCAAAAAUCAAAUGCUGGAACUGGCGAAAUAAGGCCCACAAGUCGCUUUGUUGACGACAUCAAAGCCACAGCCACCACCCCCCUUCAGACCCCUCCCAACCCACGAAACCAAGCUCGACCGGCAGGAGAUGGACCAAAGGGUUACAGGCUGACAUAUGACCCUGAUUUGGAGCGCAAGCCCUUAUCCAAGGAAAAACGCAGGAAACCUCAAUACCAAGUCUUCGGGACCGCAGAGAAUGAAGUUCCGCCUGCAGACCCUCGCCUUGCCAUUGCCAAUUAUACUCGUGGCGCCGGAUGUAAGCAGAAAACAAAAUAUCGCCCUGCGCCCUAUAUUCUUCGACCAUGGCCGUACGAUCCCGCUACCUCUGUUGGCCCCGGUCCGCCGACCCAAAUUGUAGUGACUGGCUACGACCCUCUAACACCUCUAGCACCGAUCAGCGCCCUCUUUUCUAGCUUUGGAGAUAUCGCAGAAAUCAAAAAUAAGACGGAUCCCAACACUGGUCGGUUUCUGGGUGUCUGCUCUAUACGGUAUAAGGAUUCGAGAAUGUUUCGUGGAGGCGGGCCACUCCUAGCGGCGCAAGCUGCCCGAAGAGCGUACCUGGAGUGCAAGAAGGAACAGCGUAUUGGCGUACGUCGAAUAAUGGUCAGUCUCGAUCGUGAUGGUGUGGUCAGCGACCGGCUCGUUGAGAGGAUUAUUGGGUGGUCGCAAAAGCAACAAGAGCCCCCCCCGCUCGUGAUGAAAGAGAAGAGUAAACCGGAAGAGCAAAACAACCUUCCGCCCCCUACAGCGCCCAAGGGCCCAUCACGAAAAUCGAACAUACCUAUACCAGAAGGCCCGCGAGCGACGAUGAUGAAACCUCCCCUCCCUUCGCUCAUCGAAGAAACCCCAAUCCUCAGUCAAAUUAAACGUGACCCUUACAUAUUCAUCGCCCACUGUUAUGUCCCCGUACUUAGUACUACGAUUCCUCAUCUGGAAAGACGGUUAAAACUCUUCAAUUGGAAGUCUGUGCGCUGCGAUAAAACCGGAUAUUAUGUAAUUUUUGAGAAUUCCCGACGGGGGGAAGAGGAGACUGAGCGAUGUUACAAGAUGUGCCAUAUGACCGCGUUAUUUACGUAUGUGAUGAACAUGGAGAGCCAGCCAUAUGGCAAUCCAAACUACAUCCGCAGCCCCAGCCCUGAACGUGUUAAGGUAGAACUGCGGGAGAAAGCUGAGAGGGAGCGGCUGAAAAAGGAGGAUGAGUUAGAUAUCGAGGAGGAGAAGAAACUACGUGCUGCGGAUCUCGAUCCUUCUCGGGAAGUACUUCGUGUUCUUGUUUCUGAACUAAGAGACAAACUCCUGGAAGAUGUCAAGUCCAGGAUAGCUGCCCCAGCACUCUACGAUUUCCUCGAUCCCAGUCGCCAUACUGCUAAGCGACAAAAACUGGGAAUCUCUGAUCCUGAGAGCAACGUCCGCCCCGCGUUCCGAAUUGACACUUCCGACGAUGCUAUCAUUGGAACUCCCGAUUCGCGCGCAGAGUCCUUAGCACGGAGUCGCGGGCCGUUUGGCCAUUCAAAUAUCCUCUCCCUCCCUCGUAUCCGCAAAUCGCAAGGUUUGGAGACAGCUAACGAUGCCUUUAUGGAUGAGCGGCGAAGACGGCCGCCAAGGCGAAAGGAAUUUAGACCCCUCUACCAUCGGCUGCAACAGCUCGAAGGCGAGGAGUCAGAUGAUGAACGAAGGACUUCAUUUACUCGAGACACUGAGGAACAGGACAGUCGACCACUUAGUCGUAUGAGCAUGACUUCGGUUUCGGAAAAUGAAGAUGAAUUUGGAUAUGAACCGGUGACUACCAAAGUUGACUUGCAGCAAUUAGAUCUCAAGGCCAUUAAAGAUGCCACCGUCGAGGAACUCGAGCAUACUAUUAUCGACCUUUCGCCUACUUCUAAAAAAAGAAAGAGGAUUUCGGAAGAACUCGAAGCGCGGAAAAGACAAAAAGAGGAUGACGAUCUUGAUUCUGCGAAGCCUGAUGGGCAAGUGAAGCCUAGAGAGGCUGAGUCGGAUGUUGAGGAAGCUGCAAAAGUUAUCGAGCCAGUGACUUUGACCAAGGCCAAGAAGCGCAGGAUGAAGAAAUCCAAGAAGCAAAUCUUUGAGGAGCGGGAGGCACUUAAACUGAAACAACUGGAAGGCACCGACCAUGUUCCUUCGAAAGACGAUAUUCUGAUCGAAGCUCCAACAAUAGAGGAAGAGAAAUUGAUCGAGGUGGGUGUUGGUGAAAUUUUGGAGGAAACAAAGCCCGAAGUCGAGUGGGGUGUUUCCAGAGACGUCCCCAGGCCUACUGUCGAGGAUGAUGAAACUAUCAUCUUGGAUCUCGACGGUUGGCAAAACCUCAUCAAAGACGACGAGGAUAUCCGCUUCCUUCGAGAAGCGCUUGAAGAAUAUCCACCUUCUAACAUUGGAAACCUUUCCGCCUGGGCCUGGAAACAAAAGGAAAUCAAAGCUAUCAAUCGUGCCGGUGAAAGGGGACCUGUCCAUACCGAAACUAAGAUCAACGGCUACUACCUCCCCAACUCAACUGGAUGCGCCCGCACCGAAGGGAGAAAACGAAUCCUUGAAUCUGAGAAAUCGAAGUACCUCCCUCAUCGUAUCAAGGUCCAAAAGGCCCGCGAAGAACGCGAGGCUCUUGCAAAGGCAGAUCCCCAAGCCGCCGCUGCAGAAGCCGCACGACUCGCUGCUGCCAGGACAAUAUCCAAGUCCACCUCCCGUUCCACCCGAGUCAACAACCGUCGUCUCAUUGCCGACAUUAAUGCCCAGAAACAGGCCUUGCCGAUGCAGAGCGGCGAUGGCGACGUGCUGCGCUUUAACCAACUGAAGAAACGUAAGAAGCCCGUCCGUUUCGCGCGCUCGGCCAUUCACAACUGGGGCCUGUAUGCUGAGGAGAAUAUAUCUGCCAAUGACAUGAUUAUCGAGUAUGUCGGUGAGAAGGUCCGGCAGCAGGUGGCUGAUAUGCGCGAGCGGAGGUACCUCAAGAGCGGCAUUGGGAGCAGCUAUCUCUUCCGCAUUGAUGAGAAUACGGUCAUUGAUGCGACGAAGAGGGGUGGCAUUGCGCGGUUUAUUAACCAUAGUUGCACUCCAAAUUGUACGGCGAAGAUUAUUAAGGUGGAUGGGAGUAAGAGGAUUGUAAUUUAUGCGUUGAGGGAUAUUGAACGAGAUGAAGAACUUACUUACGAUUAUAAAUUUGAGCGGGAAUGGGAUAGCGAUGAUAGAAUCCCUUGUCUCUGUGGCUCGACUGGUUGUAAAGGAUUUCUUAAUUGA